AUGGCUAAUGUGCGCUUCGGCACUAGGCUAAGUUUUCGAUCCGUUAGUCCUCGUGAUGAUACGAGGGGGCACUACUGUCAUGCAGGAGUGGCCAGAGGGAAGGCCGAGGCCUGGAGGGUCACUUGGGCCAGCGGCUAUUUGCCAAGAGGUGCGGAACGAUUUCAGCACUUGAACAACCGGGCCCGCUGUGCUAUUAGAACUCCAGGCAACAGACUCAAACAUCCAGAUGACAACGGUGCCCUAGUAGAUGGCAGAGCAGUGACUGGGAAGGGACCUGGGCCCCUGAAUGAUCAGCUGCAGGAGCAGGGUGGGUGGGGCAGGAUGCAGGGUGGGGUGGGUGGAGCCAGGGCCCCACUUCCUUUCCCCCUGGGGCCCUGUCUGCCCCAGUCCUGCCCCAGCCUCAGGAGGAGUUGGAGUGGCCUGGCCCCAGACCUGUGCCCUAAUCAACUGAGCCGGUCCCAACUCUGCGUGUGCCUUGCUCUGGAGAUGGCCCUGCUUCUGCUCUUCUGGGCCCUGGUGGUGAGCCCAGAGGCUCUGGGCAACCAGACAACUUUGCAGCCGUCCAGCCCUGGAGGGUCCUCUUUGGUCUCACGUAACUCUGAGGCCCUGAACCUCAACUCAGUGAUGUCCAUCAGCUCGGUAACAAAGGACCCCAAGGAUGACGGCACUGGGGACCAGGUUUCAAGCCCACCUCGAACUCCCACUGCCAGUGAGGUGUCCCCUCUUGGGACUUCCACUGGUGCUAGCACUGACCCCCCUGUGUCUGAGCCAACAGUCUCCCAGGAAGUUUCCCCCGAGAAGUCAUCAAUGCUCUUAGAAACCUCAAAUGCAACCAGUGACCCUGCUGUUCCCACAGCAAUAUCCCACAAUGUGACCAGUGGAAUCAUGACAGCUAGCUCUCUGGAGACCUCCAAUGGGGCCAGCGGACCCCCUGUCACCACGGCCACUAGCUCUCUGGAGACCUCCAGUGGGGCCAUUGGACCCCCUGUCACCAUGGCAACUAGCUCUUUGGAGACCUCCAAUGGGGCCAGCGGACCCCCUGUCACCAUGGCAACUAGCUCUCUGGAGACCUCCAGUGAGGCCAGUGGACCCCCUGUCACCACGGCCACUAGCUCUCUGGAGACCUCCAAUGGGGCCAGUGGACCCCCUGUCACCAUGGCAACUAGCUCUCUGGAGACCUCCAAUGGGGCCAGCGGACCCCCUGUCACCAUGGCAACUAGCUCUCUGGAGACCUCCAGUGAGGCCAGUGGACCCCCUGUCACCACGGCCACUGGUUCUCUGGAGACCUCCAAUGGGGCCGGCGACUCCUCCAUCUCCAGUGUAAAAAUAUCCACGGUGAUUACUCCUGUCGUCAUGCCCUCCCCAAAUCCACACGGGGGGUCGAAGGGCGUGCUGCUUGUGCCUGUGCUCAUGGCCCUGCUGGUGGCCGUGGCCUUCAUAGCUCUGCUCCUGCUGUGGCGCCACCGGCAGAAGCGGCGCACAGGGGCCCUGAAGCUAAGCGCGGGCAGAAAGCGCAAUGGGGCGGUGGAUGCCUGGGCUGGGCCAGCCCGGGUCCCCGAGGAGGGAGCCGCGACAGCGACAGCGGGAGGGCCUGGGGAGGACAAGGGCCCCGGGGUCCCCAACGGGGAGGAGUCCGGCCCGCGGCCCACGCUCACCACUUUCUUCGGCAGGCGGAAGUCUCGCCAGGGCUCCUUGGCCCUGGAGGAGCUGAAGCCGGAGUCAGGGCCCCGCCUGGGAGCGGAGGAAGAGCCGCUGGUGGGCAGUGCGGCCGGGGCCGGGGAGGACCGCACUUCCGAUGGGCCCGAGGCGCGGCGGUGCUCGUGAGGGGCAGGAGCCGAGGGCCGCCCCCCGCCCGCGUCCUCCCGGCGGCUCCUCGGCUCCUGCCUCCGCGCCCGCCUCGCCCGCCUCGCCCUCGCCGCACCGCCGGCCGCCUGCGGACCGAGGCGGGAACCGCCCGGGCAGCCGCUACCUCUCCCCAUCACCUCCUCUCCACCUCUCUAAUCCUUGCAGCCAGCUGCCGGGACCCCAUAAUGCCAGACUCACUUGACCUGUGACUUCUCGGGGGAUCCCCAGGGGUAUCAGAGUCUGGAAAGAAGGAGAAAUGACAACCCAGCCAACUCCCACCCACGAUUAGCUUUCUGAAGCGCUUUUGCUCGGCCGGCCCCGUAGUGAGAAGGGCUGACCCCUGGGGCAGCCCAGAACCUCCCCUGGCUCAGGGCCGCGGGCCCAGCCCGGAGCACCAGCUGGGGGGGCCCUCAGCAAGCGCUCAGGUGGGCCUGUGGCCUUUCCCAGAGCACCUGGGCUCUAGGCUGGCCCAGGCUCAAGCCUCCACACUCUCCCCACCUAUGGCCUGAGGCAGCCAGAGGCUUCGCUAUUUCUCCUCCCAGGGGCGAAGGUGAGAAGAGUUUCUGGCCACCUGUAGUUCUGAGUCCCUCCACCGUCCACGGUGCAGUUUGUGGGUAAGAAGUGAGGAUUUGACGAUGUUUGUGAAGGGCAGUAGUGAGAACACACGGUGUGAGCGAGGGGCAGGAAGCGGUGCAGGGACUGUGGAGAUGCCAGCCUGAGGGUGGGGGACACAGGACUCCUGAGAACAUACGUGUCCUCCUCUUUGCUCAGAUGGGGCAGACACAACAGAAAAUUCACCUCUGUCUGCAGCCCAGUAAAGAAUGCCCGUCCUGAUAGAAAGACACGUGUGACCCAAGUCCCAGGUCUUCAGUUCAGCCACUGUACCCCUUCGUCACAGUCUGCCUCCCUCCAGGACAUGCCGUGCGCCCAUCACACACGCGCGUGCGGAGAGGAGUCUGCCCAGUAGUGGGAACUGGUGCUGCAAAACCCCUGGUCUCACUGACGCUUUCGCCCUGUUGUGUUUAGUCUUCGUGUGGGGGCUGAGCACCCUCCCUUCUCCAGGGAAAUCAGUGACAGUGAGUUCAACAAGAGGAGACAGCCGGGAGCAGAGACUUCCCCAGUGGGUCUGGGGUGGAGAGCAGCCUAGGCUGCUGCCCAAGGAAGCACAGGGCUGAUGUUUCCCCAGGGCAAAGAGGAAAUUUGCAAAGAGGAAGUUGUUGAGUCAGAGGGUGCAGUGGCUGAGAGCUGACAGACUGACCUACAAAAAGAGACAUGGGACCCACGUGUGUCUGACUGCCUUGUGGCCUGGGUGGGAGAUGGGCAAGGGCCAGGUGGGUCAGUUUGUGAAGUAGGGGAGGGGAGGGGAGAGAAGGGCAGAAAGUGGCCUGCUCUGGGGGGAAGGGCUGAGCCAGAUGGAACCCAGCCUCCCCCCACCACCACCACGAGGCUGAGCACCCAUGGGGCUGUGUCUAGGCACCUUUUGCUACUUCUCACAAAGUGCUGUUUGGACUAACUGUAGCCAGGGAACGACAGAAGUGAGUUGCAAAAGUCUGUUAGAGAUUCUGCAACUGUUGUCUUGGAUUUGUCAUACCAAGUGCCCCAAUUUCAAGUUUAGAAAACACUGCCACUGAACUCCAAGGUCAUCAGCUCCACCUCUCGAUGGAUAGAUGCAGUCAUUUCUGAACCAUGACUGGUUUCCAGGGCAAAUCCCGAAGGCAAUGGGGUAGAGGUGGUAAGGCACCCAACAGAGCUUCCAGAGUCCAGAAAGUAUCAAAAUAUCUUGUAAGUGUUAAAAUAGAGGCACAAACAGAAUUUUAUGAGUGCACCGAAGGAAGAGAGUGAAAUGCUGCCCCUGGACAAAGGUCGGAGGCUUAACCUGAGUUUGUCAUUUGUCCUGGUCCUUUGUCACAUCCACUGCUUUACUCCUGGGGGCUGUCACGCCUGGCCUGCCGCAGGUCCUCAGUGAAUAUGCAUCUGAGUGAGUGAAUGAAUGAAUGAGAGGACCCUUCAGAGAUCUGAAGGCUCGAGAAAGGGAAGGGCACUCUUGGCAGUGGGGAGGGCAGGUGCAAAAACCUGAAAAGCAAAGCAGAGCGGUUCAAUGUGGAAUCUUUUUUGGGCAAAUGUGGAAUAGAUGCUUUUCCAUUCUCUAAAGGGAAAAUCAAAGCAAAGGAAGCUACGUAGAUAUCGUAAGACCAAAAACAAAGGAGACAGAGAGAGAAACAAUAAGGAAAUAUAACAUAUGAAGAUAGGACCAAAUAUAUCAGUUAGGAAAAUAAUUAUAAAAGGCUUUUUGUACUUACCAUCACUAAAAAUCAUAUUUUCAAAAACUGUGUAAUGACUUUCGAAAAUGCCAACAAUAUAAUGUUAAGCGGGGGAAAAAGUAAGUUACUAAUCUGUAAAUACAUAUGAUUCUAGUUUUGCAACAAAAAUUCAAAAACAUAUAUAACAGAGAAAAAAAAGGAAUCACCCCAAAUUUGCUGUGGUUAUUAUCUCUAAGUUGGUGGGUUUAUAUGUGGUUUUUAUUUUGUUUAUACUUUCCUGUAUUUUCCAAAUUUUAUACAAUAAAUAUCUACUACUUUUACAGUUUGAAAAAAUAUUGGUAAAAA